UUCACUUUCCGAGAAACUACUGACGUGGAAGCAGAGAGAUAAACAGAGGGAGGGAGGGAGAAAUAACUUGCACAGAGAAGAAAACGCCAGAUUUGCUUGUUCAAAGUCAGGUUUGACUUGUGUUUCCCUGGUAUUUCUUCUCUGCAACAAUAUGAGUUUAAGCUCAACUGAAGACUCCUCCAUUGCUCCAGUUGUCAGAGAGCUGAGGAUUGUCCUGCUGGGGAAGACUGGAUCAGGAAAGAGUGCAACAGGGAACACCAUCCUGGGACGACAAGCUUUUACCUCGAAGAUAUCUCCGUCUUCUGUGACAGAGACAUGUGAAAAAGAAACCGCCCGAUUUGAUAAAAGAACCGUGAGUGUGGUCGACACCCCUGGUGUCUUUGACACAUUAAUUAAAGAAGACCAGUUGAAAAGUGAAAUAGAGAAAUGUAUCACGCUGUCUGACCCAGGACCCCACAUAUUACUGCUAGUGAUCAGACUGGAUGCACGGUUCACAGAAGAGGAGAAGAAUGCCGUCAAAUGGAUCAAGGACAACUUUGGUGAAGAAGCCUCCAGUUAUACACUGGUGCUUUUCACUAGAGGAGAUGAGCUCAAAGGUCUGUCCAUUGAGGAUUAUUUAGACCAACGUUCUGAAUUCAGGGAGUUCAUCAGUGGUUAUACAGCUGGGUACAUUGUGUUUGACAACACAUGCAGGGGAAAUCGCACUCAGGUGGCUGAUCUGUUUAAAAAGAUAGACAAGACAGUGCAGUUAAAUGGUAACCAUUAUACCAGAAGUAUGUAUGAAGACGCCCAGAGAAAGAUGAAUUCGAAGGAAUGGUGGAGCAAGUGGGGAGACACUAUGAACACGGUAGGUAAUCACUUGAUUGUGGCAGCAGUAGUCACAGCUGCAGUUAACGCCCCUGUAGCUGCUGGCGCUGCUGCGGCAGCUACAGCCAUGAGACCGAUUUUAAUAGUUGUAGGUGCCGGGAUUUCUAAAGCCAUCGGAAGGUGGAUGAAACCUUAAACAAACAGCUGAGUAAAGCCAUGGUCCUCUGAGCAAACUUGUGAAGUCAUUCCGUUAUUUUUCUUUUGACACAUUUAUUUUUUGGCAAGAUGUUAUUGCACUUCAUCAAUGUACAUUCAUAUAUAUUAAUCACACUUAUUUGAACGAUAAAGUGGCUCGACGGUGUGUAAUGGGAAAAUUACAUUUAAGCAUAAUUCCUUAUAUUUUUAUGUUUUAUUUCUACUUUAAUUCUC